AUGCUGUUCGCCAUCCAGCGGCUCCAUGAGCUCGCGAGGAAGAAGAGUACUGCGGUGUUCGCGUGCUUCGUCGACCUCACCAAGGCAUACGAUUCGGUAGACCGAGACCUGCUGUGGGACGUACUCCGACGCUUCGGCGUGCCCCCGAAGAUGCUGGCGGUCAUUCGCCACUUCCACAAGGGCAUGAGGGCGCGCGUCCGAACGGACGACGGGCAGUACUCGGAAUGGUUCGACGUGGGCCAAGGCCUCCGACAGGGAUGCAACCUGGCCCCGCUGCUGUUCAACUUGUUCUUUGCCGCGAUGCUCAUGGUCGCCGUGGCCGAGUUCGACAAGGACCCCAAGGUGACGGCGGACAUGGUCAAGAUCGGGACACAAGUGGAGUACACGGGCAAGAAGGGCAGGUCGGCGGGGAAGAAGACGACGGUGGUGACGGACGCGGAGGCCUUGUGGGCCAUGCUCUACGCUGACGACGCGGCCAUCGUCUCGCGCUCGCCGGAGAGUCUCGAGAAGAUGAUGUCGGUCAUCGUGCGCGUGGCCGGCCUGUUCGGACUGAUGGUGUCGGAGCCAAAGAC